GAGAGUGUGACAGACUGAAGGAGAAGCAGCAGUUUGUUUCCUCUGAAGGUGAAGCCGCAACGUCUCCUCAGUUCAACCUGCAGGUGAGUUCAGACAGAGCAUCAGACGGAUCCACAUCAGCAGUUUCAGCAGAAAUCUGACAAUGAAGCUGGUAUCAGUCGUCUUCCUCCUCCUGGCUCCUCUGUUGACCAGCUGCCAGCAGCUCGUCCAACCGGUGGACUGCAGUGAUAUCUACAAACAAGACAAGAGCGUCCCCAGUGGAGUGUACACCAUCUAUCCCCUUGGAGAGAGGUCUGCUGUCCAGGUGUACUGUGACAUGAAGACAGAAGGAGGUCGCUGGACGGUGUUCCAGAGGAGGAUGGACGGCACUGUGAACUUCUACAGGGGCUGGGAUCAGUACAAGCUGGGCUUUGGUAGCGCUGCUGGAGAGCACUGGCUCGGUGAGAAACCAAACCUAACUAACACUAAUGUGACUUUGUGAAACUUUGUUGUGUGAAUCCAGA